UCUACCGAUUCUUCUGGAAAUUUGAUUGCUUCCGGGGGCAUAUGCGUGGACAUGUCUGAUAUGGAUCAAGUUCUUGAAGUUCAUGAGGAAGACGCAGACAUGGUGUGCCAGGCAGGGGCCACCUGGGAUGGUAUCAAUCAAUUCUUGUCUGAUGCAGGCAUUCCACUCUUCUUUCCUCUUGACCCCGGUCCUAGUGCUACGUUAGGGGGGAUGAUGGCUACCGGGUGCAGCGGGACGAAUGCGGUGCGUUAUGGCACCGCGAAAGGUGAAUGGUUUUUGAAUGCGACGGUAGUCUUGCCGUCGGGCGAGGUCAUAAAAACCCGGAAACGGGCUAGAAAAUCAUCAGCUGGUUUCGACACCACAAAGCUUUUCAUUGGAGCCGAGGGGACGUUAGGAAUUGUCACUGAGGUUACCAUCCGUCUUGCGCCUCUGCUUGAGACUACGUGCGCGGUUGCUCAAUUUCCGAAUGUCAAGAAGGCCACGGAAGCUGUUCGUGCUAUAUUAACCUCCAGCGUAGCCUCUAAUAUCCAAUGCGUCGAACUGUGUGACGACACAUUCAUGCGCGCCACGAACGCGUAUGGGCAAUCCAAGCGGAAGUAUCCUGAAGCAGAUUCACUCUUUUUUAAGUUUCAAGGCUCGAAGGAAUCCUUUCAAGAGACCGCGCGACUGGUUAAGGAGAAGGUCGAAGGGUUUGGGGCCACAGGUUUCAUUGUUGCAGAAAAUGACGAUGAAGCGCAGAGCCUCUGGGCGGACAGGAAGAAUGCUCUAUUUUCGAGCUUGGCUUUGAAUCCUAAUGCAAAGGGAUGGAGUACUGAUGUUUGUGUUCCUGUCAGCAAACUGCCACAGUUGGUUUUUGAAACGAAGAAGGAUCUUCAAGACAAUGGACUCCUCAGUACCGUGCUAGGUCACGUCGGUGAUGGGAAUUUCCAUGCUCUCAUUCUAUUCGAAAAUGAAGAAGAACGGUCCAAGGUGGAGGAAGCAGUGCACAGGAUGGUUCGUAGGGCCAUUGCCCUUGAAGGGACGUGUACUGGUGAACACGGCGUUGGCAUCGGGAAGAAAAAGUUCUUGGUCGAAGAACUAGGUUCCGGGACGGUUGGGCUCAUGAGGACGAUUAAACAUGCUCUCGAUCCUUUGGGUCUUUUUAAUCCAGGGAAGCUUUACCCCGAUGUCCCCAAUCCGGCCAAGGGACGUACUAAGCAACCUUGACCUGAAUCUGGCGAGUGCAAUACUGCCACCCGACCAUCACCGUGACCAUCUUACAUUACGGAGAUCCUCACCUUUCGUGGCCUUAGCUCUAACUAGCUGCCUUCCUUGUUUGCAGUUGAGGGUAGUCCCGAGUUCUCAUUUGUACCACAUGUGAGGUUAUACAACUAAAUUCUGUGGGCCCUUGGGUCGCGAUUACCUGC